CUGUGCUGUGCCCGCAGUCUCUGGUCAUCUCCUAUGCUGUGUCCGCAGUCUCUGGUCAUCUCCUGUGCUGUGUCCGCAGUCUCUGGUCAUCUCCUGUGCUGUGUCCGCAGUCUCUGGUCAUCUCCUGUGCUGUGUCCACAGUCUCUGGUCAUCUCCUGUGCUGUGUCCGCAGUCUCUGGUCAUCUCCUGUGCUGUGUCUGCAGUCUCUGGUCAUCUCCUGUACUAUGUGCGUCUUAUGGAGCGAAAAAUAUGGUACUU